AUGACUCUGGGAGUGUUGGUGUGGAUGCUUGUGGUGUUGCAGCUACAUUACGGGGGUGACGGUGCCGCCACCGCGACGUCAGUGAAACCGUCAUCGGCACCAGCAGCACGAAGCCGAGUCCACGCUGCUGCUUUUACUAUCACUAAUGCUACUGACAGUAGUGAGAAAUUAUCUUCCAUGUUUCUGAAGGGGAAUAUGGCGUGCGCAGCCAAAUCAAUUGAUCUCCCCUAUUUCUAUCCUAUGCACCGACAUCUACCCGCCAAUGGGUCUGCUGUCGCUGCAGCGAUUGAGGAGAAACAGAUGCGCCGUCAAGCAAGCUGCUGGGCAACUGCCCAUGAGUCACCUUUGUUCCCUUCACCUCCAAGCCAUGAAGCAGCUCUACUUCGGCCUGUGCAUGUUGAGGCAGCCGAUGCUAUGCUGCGGCAGGAGUACUUUUUUGCUCGUCAAACACCGACAGAUUCUAUGGGUUCCGGCACGUUUUUCUCUGGGUAUGAUACUCCAGUCACUGCGGUUAACGAAACUGUUGCUCCAUGGUGGGUUACUGACAAGUUUCACCAUUUGCCUUGCACUGUGGAAGUACAAAAACGUCUUUAUGAGUAUCAAAAUAAGGCGUCAUGUGGUGAUCGGAAGUUUCUUCUCUCUGACCUCAAGGAAGGAGGGCAUGGUCUUGGUUCUUCGCUUAUUGUUGUGGCUUUUGACUUUCUUAGUGCCUUAAGACUUGGAAGGAGUUUGUUGAUUGGCGGUCCAAGAUUUAGCAAAAAGUGGCAAUUCAGUGCUCAGGGAUGUUGGCAGGAGAGACGACGGUCUCUGGAUUGCUUUUACCUUCCACCAUCGCGAUGCCAGUUCCCAGGUGGGCCUGUUCAGGUGGUGCGCAAGGGGCGCGACGCUGCACGUAGUUCUGCCCGAGUGAUACGCAAGUACUCCGUUGAUAUCCCCGGUUUGGACAGGAGCACGCUCCCGUCAGAGGAAGCUUUCUUUGGUCCGGGCCAUCGGCAGUGGGAUUGCUACCCAAAGUAUCAACAGUGGUUGCAAGACCCUGCAAAUGUUGCUGUGUAUGGCACUUUUGAAAGUGGACUUGACACACGACUCUCAUUUAUGUUGGCACAGGCGUUUACGUACCUCACACGUGCCCCCCAACCGUGGUUUCAAGCAAUGAUUGAGUACCACCUGGCGCCGUUAGGUAUAGCUACAUCACACGCAAUGCGUGCGGCUUCCUAUUCCGGCGCAUACUGCAUGUUUUACGUUCAAGAUCGCGGCGAGGUAGCUAAAAUGAGGGAAUAUUAUAACGUUUUUGGUUGUCAUACUGUUGGACUUUCGCUUUAUAGAGACUAUGUGUGUGCCAUUGGUAAUUCCUUUGGCGGAAAUUCAUCUCAAACUCCGUGCAGAGUUUAUAUCAGUGGUGGGACACCGCACCGGAGUUAUUUGUGGCUUAAGAGGGAAUUUGAAAAUGCAUCUUAUGAGGUUUUGAGCACGUGGAAUCUUUCCACACUUAACGCUGGAUCUGAGUCGAUGCGAUGGGGCGCAAGUUCGCCUGCAGCAUCGUGGGUGGAUUUGUACGCCGGAGUUGCUAGCACCAAUUGGGUGUGUGUGGUGCAAUCAAAUUGGUGUCGAAUGAUUAAUUUUCUUCGUCUGACACAUGGACGCGUGGACUGUGGCUUUGUGGACAUUGGUGCGAUGUUGUUGACAUCUAUCGAGGCCCGAGAAAAGUACUGUGUCGUGUCUAACUUUCCGACAAAACCCUUUUCGAACGUCAUACGGCGCUGA